ACGGAUGUGAAGAAGCAGAACACCGACAGUCACGCCAAUUGUUUUCAUAUUUAUUCACUUUUCUUAUUUCCACAGUGUUUCCCCACUACGGCGUAUUAUAUUAAUUCAUAUAGCUUUAAGGUAACCGCAUAUCUUAAAUGACUUCACUCGCAUGUCGCCGCUAGCUACGAGCUACCAAGCUAAAUCAACUCAGCGACACGAUGAAACGAACUCGGGAUACAUUGUGUGUUUUUGUUCAGCUACCCCCCACUUCUUUCUACAUGUAGUAAGUGAUGGAGGGCUCCAAGACAUCGAGCACAACGAUGCAAGUUAGCUUCGUUUGUCAGCGGUGUUGCCAGCCUCUCAAGCUGGACACGUCCUUCAAUGUGUUGGACCGGGUCACCAUCAACGAACUGAUUGCUCCUUUGGUGACUGUCACGCCGAGCAAACAGGCAGAUUGCGGUGAAGGAGACACUACAACAGAGGAGACCUUUGUGGAAAACAAGCAAGAUGGCGUGUCAAGGAAAUACAUCCCACCUGCACGCAGGAUGAUGUCCACAGAGAGCGCCAACAGCUUCACGCUGAUCGGCGACGCUUCCGACGGAGGCACCAUGGAAAAUCUAAGCCGCAGACUCAAGGUGACGAGUAACCUGUUUGACAUCAUGUCCGGUCAGACGGAUGUGGACCACCCGCUGUGUGAGGAAUGUACCGACACUCUGUUGGACCACCUGGACACACAGCUCAACAUCACUGAGAAUGAAUGUCAAAAUUACAAGCAGUGUCUGGAGCUCCUGUCGCAGCUGCAAGUGGAGGACGAGGAGACGUUGCUGGACGAGCUGCAGCAUCUCAAGGAGGAGGAGGCGGCGCUGGUGCAGCAGCUGGAGGCGGUCGAGGCGCAACGGGCCGCCGUGGCCCAAGAGCUGACGCAGAGCCGGGCGCAGGCCCAGCAGCUAGAGACAGAGGAGCUGCAGUACCAGAAAGAGUACAGCGAGUUCAAACGUCAACAGCUGGAGCUGGACGACGAGCUUAAGAGCGUGGACAACCAGAUGCGUUACUGCCAGAUUCAACUGGAUCGACUCAAGAAGACCAACGUCUUCAACGCCACCUUUCACAUCUGGCACAGCGGCCAGUUCGGCACCAUCAACAACUUCCGUUUGGGUCGACUUCCGAGCGUGCCCGUGGAGUGGAACGAGAUCAACGCGGCCUGGGGGCAGACGGUGCUGCUGCUGCACGCGCUGGCCAACAAGAUGGGACUGCGCUUCCAGAGAUAUCGCCUCGUGCCCUACGGAAAUCAUUCCUACCUGGAGUCUCUAACAGAUAAGUCAAAGGAACUUCCGCUGUACUGUUCGGGCGGCCUGAGGUUCUUCUGGGACAAUAAGUUCGACCAUGCCAUGGUGGCCUUCCUGGACUGCGUGCAGCAGUUCAAAGACGAGGUGGAAAAAGGCGACACUGGCUUCUGUCUUCCAUACAGGAUGGACGUGGAGAAGGGCAAGAUCGAGGACACGGGCGGCAGCGGCGGCUCGUACUCCAUCAAGACUCAGUUCAACUCAGAGGAGCAGUGGACCAAGGCGCUCAAGUUCAUGCUCACCAACCUCAAAUGGGGGCUGGCCUGGGUCACCUCGCAGUUCUACAACAGAUAAACGCCACGGAGACGGCGCGACAAAAGAAACUUGCUGAUGGAACAGUGUUGGAAAAAGCGUACCUUGUGCGGUGGCCUGUGAUACUCUUUUACCCCAUACUUGAACGUAAAUCCUCCUGAAACAUACACCUGUACCACAGUACAACUGUUUUGUUGGUUUCAUUAAAAUCAGGGGUGGGGGAAUCUAGCCCAAAACAUUUAACCCCCAUAAUGCUCAUAAUAUACAUAAUAGUAAACGUUCAAAUGUUGCAUGAUGUUUUCUUUCUUCUUUCUUGACGUUUCCCCAGUCCUGCAUGAAAGGAUUUAGAAAUUGCACUGAUACUUUAACUUAAUAAACAUUUUCUUUAGAAAAAGCUGCUGUCAGAUCCAUGAAGUACUGUAUACUUCUAGACAUGGACUAUAUCAAAAAUACACCUUAAUAAAAGCACAUGGAUGAACAUG